UGAAGGUCCUGACGAAAUAAACAAAUUGGGGUCCUUUCUUGCGAUAGGCUAGCUGUCGAAACGGUGUCGCGAGUCACAUUGUUUUACACAUCUGUGGUAAAUUGUCAAAAAUAACACCAAUAUAUGUCGAUGAGGUUGUUUGGGGGAAUGUUGGUAACAUCUAAGUUUCUUUCGGUUUGGUCCUUUACGUCCUAACUGGCCCACUAGGUUUGUUUUUGAACGUCGAAGGGUGUGUUUUUUUUUUUUUUUUCGGCCGCCGUUAACGCAGCAGUAACGUUAGCUAGUUACGCUAACGUUCUCAAACCCACGUCAUUUUAGUGUUUAACGUUAAAUAAAACAAGAGGGAGGCGUUGAUGAGCAGCAAUGUCUGGCAUCGCUCUUAGCAGACUGUCUCAGGAGCGCAAAGCCUGGAGGAAAGACCACCCGUUUGGUUUUGUUGCUGUGCCCACUAAGAAUCCCGAUGGAACCAUGAAUCUGAUGAACUGGGAGUGUGCGAUUCCAGGGAAGAAAGGAACCUUGUGGGAGGGAGGACUCUAUAAACUCAGAAUGCUGUUCAAAGAUGACUACCCCUCCUCACCACCAAAAUGCAAGUUUGAGCCACCGAUAUUCCACCCAAAUGUUUACCCAUCUGGCACCGUUUGUCUGUCCAUCCUGGAGGAGGACAAGGACUGGAGGCCCGCCAUCACCAUCAAACAGAUCCUGUUGGGAAUCCAGGAGCUGCUGAACGAGCCCAACAUUCAAGACCCCGCACAAGCAGAAGCUUACACAAUUUACUGUCAGAACAGGAUGGAUUAUGAGAAGCGGGUAAGAGCACAGGCCAAGAAGUUUGCCCCCACAUAGAGCGGCGCGCCGGGCCCGAUCCCGCCGGAGGAGCCUCGGCCGAUGGAGGUUACAAACAGCACCUGACGGACCACUCCAAUAAGAAUCCACAUUUAUUGUCAAACUAUUACGCAGGUGGCAAGAGAGCCUGUUUCUCUUUUCUUCCUUUCUUUUUCUAAAACGACAGAAGUUCAGUAAGAUCCCAAUUAGAUCUUCUUCAAGAAAUAUUUCUGCAUUUUUGAAUGCGUAGCUGAUGCUCAUUCACGCCUCCAUUAAUACCGUAAGUCAUAGUGGUCUUCUCAACAGAGCUGUAGAAAUACCAUGUCCAAACCACUCUGUGUGUAGUUCAGCCUGUGGCAGAGGAUUUUCUUUAUUCUUUAAACUUCCAUUUUUUUUUGUUUUUCUUUAUCAAACCCAGAAGUAUUGUAGAUAGUUCAUGAUUAGCGGCAUGAAGUGAGAUUAAGCAGUCGGAUGCACAGCGGAGGUCACUCCUCCCGUUGUGCUGCUGAUCCUCUUGUUUCAUUGCUGCCACACAUCCCUCACAUCUCGGAUUUCCCAGAAAAGCAUCAGAAGAAUCCAUUAAAUUUAGGUCGAAGACGAUCCCGGCACUUGUAUAUUGGUUGUAAGCUAAACUCUGGCAGUUAUUAUGUUGGCAGGAAGUGAUGCUCUGUCCACCUCGCAGAAUGGGACGAGUGACCGGAGGAAAGUGUGUCCGGGCAUUUCUUCCACCGAGGAGUUAAAACGAUCUUUUAUUGCAGCGGAGCUUAAGAGGACAUUAGUUUUCAGAUUCUCUUUUUUGGUGAAUCCACCUGGGACUGAAACUUAUUUGUCAGACACGGUGUCGAACUUCACACACACUGAACUCUAGUUUGUCUUCUGCUUCCCAAACAGCUGCAGGAUGAGAUGAGACGUGGCCUUGUAAAAGUACCAACAACUUGUUGCUGUAUGUGUUCGUUUCGCCUCUUGAUUGGUUAUAAAUAGCAUACCAUCGCUUCGGUUAGUUUCUCCCACAAUGCUCACAACAAGGAACACAAACCUGUAUGAACCAAAGCGCUAUUACAUCUUGAAGUCCAUCUGGUAAA